AUGCUCAUUGCCAAUCCCUCAAAGGUUACUACUGUCUUCUCCGGCGGCUGCUCCAUAUCCAACGAGUACAAGUGCCAGCCAACUAACAACCAGUCUAAUGCUGUCUCGUCAGAAUUUCAGGGCAUGGCAGCAUUAGUUGUGGACCCCAACCCUGUACGGGCCAAGGUGUCAAGGCAUCAUAUCCAGCGGCUGGGGAUCCAUGUUGAAGUCACUUCAGAUUUGAAUCAAGUUUUCUCCGGCAUAAGCAGUGGGAAUACAGCUAUCAACAGAGUCCUAGUUGAACAUGACGUUUGGGAUAAGGACUCAAACCUUUCUGCUCUCUUUGUUAAUAAAUUAAAGAAACUUGAUCUGGAGGUUCCUCCUAAACUGUUUCUUCUAGCUAAUUCCAUCAGCUCUACCAGAAAUAGUGCUGCAAUUUCUGGGGUUUAUAAUUCAACUGUCAUCAUGAAGCCUCUGAGGGCCGGUAUGCUGGCUGCAUCUCUACAGCGAGCCCUGGGUGUUGGGAACAAGGGGGUUUGCCAGAAUGGAGAGCACCCCAGUUUGUCUCUCCGCAGUCUUCUUCGUGGGAGAAAAAUUCUAGUUGUGGAUGACAAUAAUGUGAACCUCAGAGUAGCUGCUGGUGCAUUGAAGAAGUAUGGAGCUGAUAUGGUCUGUGCAGACAGUGGAAAAAGUGCAAUCCCACUGCUUAAACCUCCCCACGACUUUGAUGCCUGUUUCAUGGACAUCCAGAUGCCAGAAAUGGACGGGUUUGAGGCUACUGGGAUAAUUAGGGAAAUGGAACGGAACGUCAAUAGUCGAAUCCAACAUGGAGAAGUUUCUGUGGAAGCUUAUGCAAAUAUUUCGAACUGGCACCUACCCAUUUUGGCCAUGACUGCAGAUGUCAUCCAGGCCACACACGAGGAAUGCCUGAGGUGCGGAAUGGAUGGACACGUAUCAAAACCAUUUGAAGCCGAACAACUUUAUCGCGAGGUUUCACGCUUCUUUCAACCACCUCCAGAACAGAACCAAUAG